UUACCGCCAUGGGCCUCAUAUUUUGUAUCUUCUGUUGCAUGUGGAUGACAUUAUUAUCACUGGUAAUUCCCCUUCCUUUAUCUUCACUUUUAUUUCGUGUCUUGGCCGUUGUUUUGCCAUGAAGGAUUUAGGGGAAUUUACAUUUUUUCCUAGGUGUCCAGGCUGUUCGAACAAACUCAGGUCUGUUUCUUCUAAACAAAAAUAUGUGUUUGGUCUGUUAACUAGGUUUCACCUCCACACUCUUAAACCUGUUCGUACUCCACUUCCUACUCGAACUAAGUUGUCUCUCACUGAUGGGGACCCCCUUGCAGAUCCUACUGAGUACAGAUGUAUGGUAUCUACAGGGGUCUGCAGCUCACGGCUUGCUUCUUCAGUCCAGCAUUUAUUCUCCUACUUUGCAGACUUAUUCUGAUGCUGAUUGGGCUGGUUAUCCUGACAGUAGCCGGUCUACUUCUGGGUUUGCUGUUUUCUUGGGUCCGAAUUUGAUCUCAUGGAAGUCCAAGAAGCAACCUACUGUCUCCCGGACCAGCCAAAAAAAAAAGCCUACCGUCUCCCGAUCUUCUACAGAGGCUGAAUAUAGAGCUAUUGCUUACACAGUUCAGGACACACUGCAUAUUCAAUCCAUCUUGUUCGAGCUAGGCAUCACCAUUCGAGAACCAGUCCAGUUAUUGUGUGACAAUGUUUCUGCUUCAUACUUGUCCACUAAUCCUAUUCAGCAUGCCAGGAGCAAGCACAUCAGCAUUGACUAUCACUUUGUUCGAGAGAGAGUUUCGCAUAGAGAUCUGGUUGUUCGCUAUGUUCCUACUCAGUUCCAGUUGGCAGAUAUUCUCACUAAAUGCCUGUCACCACAGCGUUUUAUUUUUCUUAGAGACAAUCUGCGCAUUGUUUCCCCUGCACAGCUUGAGGGGGUGUAAUAGAGUAAUUAAUACCAUUAGUUAGGUUUCCGUCUUUAUUAAGUUUCCUAAUGUAUGCAGGACAUAUUUUCUUAUAUAUAUAUGACACCUAAGGCUA